ACCGAGUGCAGUGGCAGCUACUGAGGUAGCUCCCCCUGGGGAAACACCUUCUGUGGUAGCACCCACUGACGCAGCUUCUUCUGCAGUAGAACCCACUGUGAUAGCUACUUCUGCAGUAACACCCUCCGCAGUAGAACCAACUAUAACAGCAUCCUCUUACCAGUUGGUUUCUGAACUUAAAGACACUCAGACAAAGACGAUCUUGAUGAUAAGCCCAGUACAAGUAGAGAGGCUAACAAAAGGAAUAAGCGAUCACAGCUUCCGAAAAAUGGCAGAUCACGUGAUCAAAGUCAAAAGCCAACAAAUCGAAAUCGAUUGCCGAAUAAUGCAGAAAAGAAAAUACAACAAAAUAAGACUAAUGUUGAUAUAAUGCAGCCUCCAAUAAUCACUCAAAUAACAAACACAAUUGAGUUGGUAACAGAACCGAAGAUUGUGAAAACAAGUGAAGAAGCGGAAGUAGUAGCUGAACAAACAACAGAAAUAGUUGAAACACCAGAGAAUGAUAACAUGUCUAAGUCAAAUGAAGCUAUUGCCGAUCUGGUUGAAAUAGAGCCACCUAAAGCUGAACAACAAGACUUGGGCAUUGCUCAGGUUGCUGAAGCUGCUCAAUCACCGCAAGUCACAGAUUUAGCUGAUGAGAAAACGGAGGUAGUCAUGGCUGACGACAGUGUCACUAGUAUUGAAUCUGAAGAAAACAAAGAGCAACAAGUAUUAAUAGAACCUCAGAUUCUAACUCAAAACGAAGAUGAGGAACCAGCUGCAACUACAGACUCUCAGUUACAAUCAGGGUUAGCUAUAGAUCCAACACCUAAUUCAACAAUGCCCACGUCUUCUGAGAAAGUUAAUUCUAAACGUGGUCCCAAACGAUUUUCGAAAAUUCCUGUUAGAACCCUAAGCUUAAAUAGUGUACGCAGUGACAGCAGAAAUAGUGCACAUACGCCAAUCAUAGCAGAUGCAGAUAAUAAUACCACAAAUUCAGAGGAGAGUGUGGAGGUACAGAAGGUAGAAGAGAGUAUUCCAAGAGUAGAAGAGAAUACUUCUUCCAAACUAGAGCGGACGACAUCAGAAGAAGAGCCAAAUUCCGUGCCAUCAGCUGUGAACACUCCUAACGAGUCCGAAGAAGUCUUCGAAGAUGCCACAGAGUUUAGCAACGAGGUGUUGCAGAUACACGAAGAAUCGCUCACAGACUCGGAGCUCUACAGCCUUGAGAGUGAGGAACAUUCUGCUAAAUCACCUGAGAGUGAGGUUCUGCUCGUUCUUAACGCCGAGGAGCCUCCAGAAGAGCUGAAGCUGGUGAAGUCCACAAGUAAUGCAACAAUAAAUUCAGAAUCAAGUCACUCGGAGUCGGAAAAAAUAGUGCUCAAGGAGUUUAUUCCGUCUGGAGAUCCAGCUAAGCAGAAUCUAAGUGAACUUGUGGAGGAUACGCAGCGUUUAAUCAAGCAAAUGAGGGAUGAGAUCAGCAUGGAUGAGUUUGAGUCAACUGAUGAGGAAUACUCUGAAGAUUACUCCGACGAGUAUGAUGAGGGAGAGGAGGAAGAGUGGUACGAUAGUGAGGGCGAAGAGGAGGGCACAUACAAUGAGGAGCACGGGGUGUUCAUUGAGGAUGCUUCCAGUGGUGCAGCUGGUCAAGAAGAUGAGGAAGGCACCGAAAUCGAGGACAUUAUAGAAGAAGAUGAAUUGGAGGAGGAAGAAGAUGAUGCAGAAGAAAUCAAGUUUGCUCAGACAACCAUCCCCCAUGAAACAGUCACGAGUACAUCUUCAGUCACGCCCACAAAUCAUGGAAUUGAUAUACCCGAUGAAACUGAGACUAUUUCUCUCCCAGCCAGGGAAGUUGAGGAAAGGUCCAAGACCCCAGGAGCAACUAAAACUGAUUCUGAACUGUCACAAACGGCUGCAGAGAAAGUUGUAGCUCCAGUUGUAGCCGCAACUCCGGAAAGAAUUGAAGAACCCAUCAUAGUCGAUAACGAGAGUCGUCCACUUGAACUACCCGUGGAAGUUAUUUUACAAUCUCAGUUAGAAGUAGAACCUUCUCAAGAAGAGGAAGCAACGGCCCUUCCCUUGAUUCCCGCACCACCUAUUAUCGAUUCCGAAUCACGACCCUUGGAACCACCAGUCGAAACAGUGUUGGAAGAGACCAAGAAGGUAACACCCAACACAUCCACAGCGAACAAAAAACAAACUACAGAUAGAAACACAAACAAGUCAGAGGAAAUAAACACUUCCAAAACUCUCAGUAAAACACCUCAGGCACCCAAGUCUACGGUUAGUAAAAUACCCAAACCCACAAACGAACCAAAUCCCAAUAAGAAAUUGCCGUUGCGUUCCAAAUCCUUUUCCGCUCCGAUGGGCAUCUCUUCGGUGAAGCGCAUCCAACAGGAAUAUCUACAGAAACAAACGCAGUUUAGUGUAUCUGUUACCAAUAGUCGAGUGCCCCUUAAGAGCAGUCCGACAAAUAAGAAAUCCUUGAACGAUGCCAUCAACAAAUUCAAUACAAAGACAACUUUGGAUGGUCCCAGCACAAGUGGAGCUGCUGCAGCGGUUAACGCUCUCCUGAAACCACGAUCGCAGCCAAGGGUACCCAAAAAGAAGUACCACGAGACCUGUUUUUCCGAUGACGACUACGAGACUUCAGGAACUGAGGAAGAGGAGCAACUGGAGCUGCAAGAACCUCUAAAGGCUGAGCUUCUCAAGCGUAAGCUGAGUAUGCCCGUCUUUCGUGCGUAUCCCAGUGUCCAGGAGACGGUUAUUGAGGAACCAGCGGUCCUGGCUCGAAAAUAUGUGGAACAACAAUUGGUGACAAAUAUUGCCGAGGCUCAAAUUGCCGCCACAUUGGUCAACAUGAAGUUCCAGGAGGAUGUGGCGUUGUGGGCGGCCAAGGAAUGCUCCGAUCUGGAUCAGGCAAUAUCCAUGUUGCAGCAGGAAUGCGAACUAUGCAUGAACACCUAUCCGAUGAAUCAAAUCGUAUCCAUGCUGAAGUGCACCCACAAAUGCUGCAAGCAAUGCGCCAAAAGCUACUUUACAGUGCAGAUUACCGAUCGCAGUAUCAAUGAUUGCAGCUGCCCGUUUUGUAAGCAGCCCGAACUCAGCAACGAGGUGGAGCACGAAGAUGAACACUUGGAGUACUUCUCCAAUUUGGAUAUAUUCCUAAAGAGCAUAUUGGACAUCGAUGUCCAUGAGCUUUUCCAGCGCAAGUUACGUGAUCGUACAUUGCUCCAAGAUCCCAAUUUCAAAUGGUGCAUACAGUGCUCCUCGGGAUUCUUUGCUCGUCCCAAGCAGAAGCGUUUGAUCUGUCCCGACUGUGGUUCGGUGACCUGUGCUCAGUGUCGGAAGCCUUGGGAGAAACAGCACGAGGGCACGAGUUGUUCUGCCUACUUGGAGUGGAAGAGUGAAAACGAUCCGGAGCUACAGGCACAGGGUGUCCAGGAGCAUUUGGCACAGCAUGGCAUCGAUUGUCCCAAGUGCAAGUUUCGAUAUUCUUUGGCAAGGGGUGGCUGCAUGCAUUUUACCUGCACCCAGUGCAAAUUUGAGUUCUGUUACGGUUGCGCUAGACCCUUCAUGAUGGGCGCCAAGUGCAAUAUAUCUUCCUACUGUGCCAAGUUGGGUCUGCAUGCUCAUCAUCCACGCAAUUGUUUAUUCUACCUGCGCGACAAGUUACCCCUGCAGCUGCAGUUCCUGCUCAAGGAGCACAAAGUCCAAUUCGACACGGAACCCUCAGAACUUCAAGAUGAGCCCAGCAGCUCCACAAAGGCCAGAGCCUUGGCCCGUUGUCCCAUACCGUUGCAGAAGGAGACUCCACAGGGAUUAUUUGAUACCGUCUGCAAUAGCGAUGUGCCUGAUAAGCAUGCGGGCAUGUGUCGUACACAUUACGUUGAGUAUUUGGCCGGGAAGGUGGCCAAGGCCAGCAUCGAUCCAUUGCCUAUUUUUGACCUCACAGACUGUGUCCAGGAACUGCGGAGGCGUGGCAUCGCACUCCCCGAACGUGGACCGUGGGACACUGACGAGAUCUAUAAGAAAAUGUGCUCUGAGGUAAUCAAACAGCAUAUACCACUUAAAUCGGCCUAACGAUUGGAAUAUGCUUGGACUCGGAUUCGAAUUGAGGAUUGACCUCCUUGAUCUUGAUGGACGUUUAUUCGAUUCUCUUUUGACUGCUGCAAUUUUUCAUACAUUUUUUGUGAUUUAUCGCAAACAUUUUUAUAGACAUUUUUAUAUAGACACACAUACACUAACACACUCAUACAAAUGUAAAUUUUAGACAGCUUGUACACCUGCACAUCUCUUUGUUUAGCUACUAAGUUGGCUCAUUGUUUUCCACAUCAGCCAAGAUACAAAACAUUAACCAUAGACUAUAGACAUUUAGACAGAAACGUGCCAAUAACUGCACCCAAUAAACAGAAUGUGUGCGAA